UACAAUACAUUUUUACUGUAAAAAUAUUUAUGAUAAGUUUAACUAUUUCAACAUCUAAUACUAGUAGAGUUAAGCGAAUUGUUGGUGGUGUGGACGUAGACUGUGGUUCACAAAUUCGCGUAGUAUCAUUGCGUGAUAACAGUUCCCGGCAUUUGUGUGGGGCGGUGCUGGUGACAAAAGAGGUUGCAUUGACAGCUGCCCAUUGUGUACAAACUCCGUAUCAAUAUGUGUUGCAGCUCAGCAACUUAUGUGAUAUUACGCCACCGGCUUCAGUACUGGAAGUUAUCAAACAUCCGGAUUAUGACAAAUAUACUCGGGCGCACGACAUCGCCGUACUUCGGAUAAACCUCGACACACACAAUAUCACUUGGACAGACGACAUAUUACCCGAUACAUCGUUUGGUUUAUCAGGUGAAUGUAUUGCAUACGGCUAUGGUUCUACCGAUUCAAAUACAAAAAUAUUACCGAACCGUUUAAAAGCAGCGAGAUUAAAAAUAAUUUCUCUAGAUGACUGCACUGACAUUCUAGGCUUUUAUCUGGCGCCUCGAUUUGAUUACGGUAUGUUAUGUGCACUUGGCGAUGGAGAGGACACUUGUCAGGGUGACUCUGGUGGGCCGUUAAUGUGCUCAGGAAAGCUACAAGGAAUCAGCAGCUAUGGACUUAGUUGUGGGAUACUGCUGGUACCAGGAGUGUAUACCAGUAUUGGGAUGCAUUUACCUUGGAUCUAUCACACUAUGGAAUUUAUUACAAGAGACACAACAAAGUUAAAUCGUACUUUGUGAUUUAAAAAAAAACUCAUUUUUUUAAAAUUAUCUAUACUAUUGUAAUAAAGCGUAA